GUCCGGCCGGGACUGACCACUCUCUGUUUCCGUGAAGCCGGUGAAUAGCGUGUGUGGAUCUGGGAGAAAAAGAGACAUGUACUGGGACACUAUCACCAAACCUGGAGACAGAAACACAGACAGCAAAGACUUGAAAAUAAAGAUGGAGAUUUGCCAGCCUGGAUAUUACACGGAAGACUUCAGGACUCAGGAAGUGCCAGCUGGCUUCGACUUUGCAUCUUAUGACUGCCCUGGUGAAGACCUGUCUUUUCUGUUAGACAGUAAAACAUCCGGACAGCAGCAGUACGUCGCAGAGAGCAGCUACCCUGACCCACCAAAAGUUUCUCACACUUAUGACAUUAAAGCGAGCCCUAGUGACUCCUCCCUCUUCAACCUGGACUCAUACCACGAGUUCAACUGGUGGGCCUCAUAUCCACAGGAUGGUCUGACGGUAGGCCAGUCCCAAACUGGUUACCACGAGUCUCUUCAGACGUACCAGAGCCUCGUGCCCCAAAAUGGACAGUUCAGCCCGGCCCUGGAGGGCAGCCACAGCCCCUUCCUCACUGCCAAAGGAACCUCACAAAGUGAGACGGAUCACAGCUUCUCGUGUCACUCGGCUGAACUCUACGACUCUGACGGGCAGAGGCAGUCGUCGUCCUUCUGGCCGGAUUACUCUUCCCCCAGCUUCACUGCCCCCUUACCUCACCCACACCCGGCCCCCUGCCCCUCAAACCACGGCCCUCAUUCCUCAGAGCAGUACUGUCCCCGUGUGGUCAAACGCAAAAACACUCACCUUCAGAGGCUGGACAGGGAGGGCCAGAUGACGGGGAUGUCAGCUUAUCCAGGUUCUGGUCCAAUCCAGUUGUGGCAGUUUUUACUGGAGCUACUACUGGACUCUGCCUGCUGUACCUUCAUCUGUUGGACGGGAGAUGGCUGGGAAUUCAAGAUGUCCGACCCCGCAGAGGUGGCUAAGCGCUGGGGCCAAUGCAAGAACAAACCCAAAAUGAACUACGAGAAGUUGAGCCGUGGCCUGCGUUACUACUACCACAAGAACAUCAUCCACAAGACAGCGGGCAAACGCUAUGUUUACCGCUUUGCCUGUGACAUACAGGGCAUGCUGGGAAAGACGGCGCAGGAGGUCCUGACGAGCCUGAACGUUUUGCCGACGAACACAGAGUCGUGGCCCGGGGUACCUGCAGCUACGUCAGAGCACAGCAGUGAAACAUGGGCGUCACAGUAGGGAAUGGGUGCCAGGAGGACUUAAACCAGCCUAUGAAGUAAACACUGCCUCCUUGAGCCCUGGCUGAAGUGCAGUACGGGUGAGGAUGAUGCAGAGAGCCAAGAUGCUGCAUUUCAGGGAAUAAAAAGAUUUUAAAAAACUCGUCAAAUUCAUGCAAUCAAUCAAUAUUUUAGUUUUUCUUAAAUAGUGGAUCAAAUUAGACAAAAGUGUUCCAAAAACUGACCCAUUAAUAUAGCAUAUCAGCCCAAAAAACAACAGCCCAGGGGCAUUUGAAGCACUACUUGUUUGCAACAUCAGGGACCACUCUUAAAAUGUUAUGUGUUUCUGAGAACUAAUUGAUUGUAAAUAGUGUUCAUAUGGUCAUGCAAUAGAGUUUUGUGCAUUUAUAUGUAUUUUUUAAAAUACAAAACUCAUGUCUACCUCUGCCUGAAAAUAAUCUCAGUUUAUGUGUUUCUGUUCAACAACAAUCACUGUGAAAGACUGUGGGAUGAUUGCUUUGUGUAAAUAAACUGUAUAUAAACUAUGGGCAUAGA